AAUAAUAUAGAUAGGAUUGCACUGUUUUUCUUUUAAAAGAAAGUAAUAAGAGAACACAUCUAUCACACAUCUCUCUCCCUCUCUCUCUCUCCUUCUCUCUCUCUCUCUCCAUCACAAGUCGUACGUAUAUAUGCAGGACUAGCAGCUCCUCUUCUCUUCCUCUUCUUCCCUCCAUCAUCAACAUCAUCAUCCCAAUAGAAGUAACUCCUAGUGGAUGCGUGUAUCUGUGUUGCGCAAUCAGAUGAUAUUUGAACACAAGUGUCAAAUCAGCCGAGUGAUCGUUCAAUCUAAUUCCAGCAGAGAGAAGUGAUUGCUGAUGGAGCACGUGUACACCAAGAUCUCUAUCCCACCUGCAGCAGGAAUUAUCUUAUCAACUGAGUGGACACUAUCACAGAUCUACUCGUCCCAAAAACUUUUGACAUUAGUACCAGCUACCUGCCAAAUGCAAAUGAAGUAAUUUACACAUAUACUAAUCUACUCACCACCAUUCAUAUCUAUCUGCUAUUACAGCAUCAACAGUGAUAUUAUAGGAAAAGAUUAAUCGAAGAAGCUCAUAUCGAAGAUGGGCACAUACUUUCACGGGAACUCAGAGAUCCAAGGUGAUGGCUCGCAGACUCUUGUUCUUAUGAAUCCGGGCUACAACCACAACCUUGGAGGAUACUCUGACACUAAUCAUCAGCCGCCGCCUUUGUCCAACUUCUUUUUCCUCAACAACGCUCAUUCCAGUGCCACGACGAAUAUAGUGCAGGCGCCUAGUACUGAUCAGUCUACUCAACAUUUUGUCGGCAUCCCUCUGUCAGCCUCGCAAGAUGAUCAUCCGCAUCGUGUGUCCAUUGCCCAUUCCCAGCAACAUGAGAUCUCCAGCCUCCAUAGUUUCGCCCCCCCUAUGCAUCAUUACAGCUUGUACAAUCAGCUUGAUCUCACCGCAGCACGUGAAGCCACCCCCUCGAAUCAGCAGCAGCAGCAAGGCUUGUCCUUGAGCCUCUCUUCACAACACCCUGGUUACGGACCCUUUAGAACUGAAGAUAAUGAGCUUCCAUCUCCGGCUCCAGCACCCCCAUCCGCCAUUUCUCCAAAAAGUAACGACGUUCAGGUUGCACAGGCCUCCUCAUCGGUUGUAUCGUUGAACGGUGUGCAGAGUGUGCUAUUGAAUUCCAAGUACUUGAAGGUGGCUCAAGAGCUUCUGUAUGAAGUUGCUAACGUUGGAAAGGGAUUGCAGAAUAUUGAUCAGUUCGGUAAGUCCAGCAAUGGGAACACAAAGAGCGUAACGGGAGGAUCAGCCGGGGGAGAUGGAUUAAGGGGGGAAUUAGGACAAACAAGUUCCAAACGAAGUGUUGAGCUGACAACGGUGGAGAGACAGGAGGUUCAGAUGAAAAAAGCAAAGCUUGUCAACAUGCUUGAUGAGGUGGAGCACAGGUACAGGCAGUACCACACCCAAAUGCAGUUGGUGAUAUCUUGGUUCGAGCAAUCAACUGGAGUUGGCUCUGCAAAGCCAUACACAGCCUUGGCUCUUCAAACCAUCUCUAAGCAAUUCCGUUGUCUCAAAGAUGCAAUAAUGGGUCAAAUUCACGCUGCAAGCAAGAGUUUAGGAGAAGAAGAUAGUCAAGGAGGGAAAAUGGACGGUUCAAGACUUAAAUUUAUUGAUAAUCAGCUCAGGCAACAGAAAGCUCUUCAACAGUUGGGAAUGAUCCAGCACAAUGCUUGGAGACCUCAGAGAGGGUUGCCAGAACGUUCUGUUUCAGUUCUUCGCGCCUGGCUAUUUGAGCACUUCCUCCACCCUUAUCCUAAAGACUCGGACAAACAUAUGCUCGCAAAGCAAACAGGUCUUACUAGGAGUCAGGUGUCUAAUUGGUUCAUAAACGCGCGAGUGCGCCUCUGGAAGCCAAUGGUAGAAGAAAUGUACAUGGAGGAAAUCAAGGAGAAUCAAAAUAAUGGAUCUGAAGGGGAGACGAGAAAAAAUGAGCCUGGUGAAAAAAUGGCAUCAAAAGCUAGAGCUCCAAGUACUAAUUCCCCGGAGAACUAUGAUACUACCACAAGCCAGAAUACUCGGGCCUUGAUAUCUGCGUCUACAGCUUCGACCUCUCCCAAUGGAUUAAGCAUACGAAAUCAAUCAGGCUUUUCUCUCACGGGAUCCUCAGAAAUGGAGGAAAUGACACGAGGAAGUCCCAAGAAACAAAGGGGUACCGGGACAAUACACUCUUUAGGUAAUGUAUCAUUGAGGAACAUGGAGUUCAAGCCAGAAGCCAACAAUGAACAAAUGUCAAUGAAAUUUCACAAUGAUCAGAGGCAAAGCAGAGAUGGAUUUACAUUGAUGGGAAGUCCAACCAACUACAUUCAAGGAUUCGGUUCAUACUCUAUCGGAGAUAUUGGAAGGUUUGGUGCAGAGCCAUUCAGUGCACCCUAUUCAGCCAACGGUGUUUCCCUCACUCUUGGUCUCCCACAUGGUGAAAACCUCUCUAUGUCCGGAACUAACCAAGAUUUCCUCCCUGAGCAAAACAUCCAAAUAGGAAGAGGACUGGAAGAAGGUGAGUUCGGAGCUGUAGAUACUCCCACAUCUUCUCAUUCAGCAAACAUCUACGACAGCAUGGAUAUCCAAAGCCGCAAAAGGUUAGCAGCACAAUUACUGCCCGACUUUGUGGCCUAAACAGAGAAAGAAAUAUUGUUUGGUUUCACCGUGUUCUCCUGUUACCCUCAUUAGGAGAAAAUCGAAUGGGUAGCAUAAAAACAUGAAGAGUGUCUUUACAUAGGGAACGGCAAAGAACCCUAGACUAGCUAGUUCAGCGGAUACUUUGUGGUUCAGUAUUGUAUAUAUCUUGGUUUUGCAUAUAGUAAAUGAAGGUGUACAAGAAUUGUGUAGAUUAGUAAUUUUGGGGGCUGGUAUAGAAAUAUAUUCUGUAAUUAUAUGUUCUUUUUCUGUAUGGGCAAAAUAAAUUUUGGACUUCAAUAUAUUACAUAUUAAUACUUCUUGCA